UACGACAGAGCAAGAUGGCCGACACGACGGCUGGGGCCAGCGGCUCCGGAACGAGAUCAGGAAGUAAACAGUCUACCAACCCUGCCGAUAACUACCAUCUAGCACGGAGGAGAACCCUGCAAGUGGUUGUGAGCUCCUUGUUGACGGAGGCGGGGUUUGAGAGCGCUGAGAAGGCAUCCGUGGAAACGCUGACAGAGAUGCUGCAGAGCUACAUUUCAGAAAUUGGGAGAAGUGCCAAGUCUUACUGUGAGCACACAGCCAGGACCCAGCCCACACUGUCGGAUAUUGUGGUCACACUGGUUGAGAUGGGUUUUAACGUGGACACUCUCCCUGCUUAUGCAAAACGGUCUCAGAGGAUGGUUAUCACUGCCCCUCCAGUGACCAAUCAACCAGUGACCCCCAAGGCCCUCACUGCAGGGCAGAACCGACCCCACCCACCACACAUCCCCAGCCAUUUUCCUGAGUUCCCGGAUCCCCACACUUAUAUCAAAACUCCGACAUACCGAGAGCCUGUGUCCAACUACCAGGUCCUGCGGGAGAAGGCUGCAUCCCAGAGGCGUGACGUGGAGCGGGCACUCACUAGAUUCAUGGCCAAAACAGGGGAGACCCAAAGUCUCUUUAAGGAUGACGUCAGCACAUUCCCACUGAUCGCUGCUAGACCCUUCACCAUCCCCUACCUCACAGCCCUUCUUCCCUCUGAGCUGGAGAUGCAACAAAUGGAAGAGACGGAUUCCUCAGAGCAGGAUGAGCAGACGGACACGGAGAACCUUGCUCUUCAUAUCAGCACGGAUGAUUCUGGAGCUGAGAAGGAGAAUACUUCUGUCCUGCAGCAGAACCCCUCCUUGUCAGGAAGCCGGAACGGGGAGGAGAGCAUCAUCGAUAACCCCUACCUGCGACCAGUGAAAAAGCCCAAGAUCCGCAGGAAGAAGUGAGUGGAGCCUAGGGUCCAGAGCCUGCUCCAGCCAACUCGUCUGCUGCUUGGCAGGAGAGGCUCACCCAUGGGGGUGAACCCGGGGGACCACUGCUCUGGUGAGAGGAAGCAUUUUCCUUUUGCCUCUCCUUACUUGGCUCUCACACACACCUCAAGUUUCUUGGUGCAUGAGUAUCCUGCAGCCCAGGGGCAACCUUCCCAGCCCUGGAGCUGGCCUCUCCUAGGAGGAGAGCAGGCGGGGACCCAUAGGCAGCCUCCGUGGUUCUUCUUUCUAGGUCCCUCUCGUGAGCUGAGAAAGCAGCUUGGCCCAUAAGGGACGUGGGCACAACCCUCCUGGGAGAGUUAAAGCCACUGGAGGGAAGAGGAAAGCGUGAUCUCCUGUGGCCAAGCCCGGGCUGCAGUGUGUGAUCCAGCAUGAUUUUAUAGCAAACCUUCUAUUAAGAUUACUUAUUUUGCCUGGAUGUGUGGGCUGAGGAAGAUAUGAUGCUAAUGAUGAGACUUUCUUAAUCAACCAGGCUACAUUGCUGUAGACUAGGGUGUGGGUCACUGGUGACUUUUUUUUUUUUAAUCACAAAAUGGAUUCCUUUGAAAUCUGGAAGACUAGGGAAGGUGGCAGGAAAAAGCGUUCUUUUCUGCUUUGCUCAGUGAAAUACCUUUCAAGCUGUCGGAUCCCUUUUAUUGACUCUCAAACAAUUGUGGCACUGAUUUAUCAACCCAGAACCUCCUUAUUUUUCUCCUUCCGGAUUCCAGGCUCUGUUGAACUGAUGGAAAGUUACUUUGUACUCCCUAAUCAUGUAGGAAACAGGAGGCCCACACCAAGCAGCUUUGAUCUGGACUGGCAGGAACAGCUUGUUCAUGUGUAGGACAGUGUCAUGUCAGGUAGUGCUGAUUCUCUUGACAAGCAUUUGAUAAAAGCUUCCCAAAGCAGGGACUGAUAUUUAUUAUUUAUCAUCCCUCUGUGAAAUGUGUUUCGAUCUACCAAGACUUGCCUCCAUCUGGGGAAACAGGUUUUCCCUGACAAGAACCUGGAAUGUUGGAUUCAUUGAGCCGUGACUUGAUAGAGUAUGAAAAGGACGUGGUGGGUUAUGGGUGGGACCUUCAGGGCUGAGCAUCCUGGUUGGUGUGCUGGAAGACUUGGAUGGGUACAAGCCAUGUUCCCACCUGCUGGCAGAAGUGGGCUGAGAGGAGCCGGCAGGCUGAGCUGAGUAUCCUCGAAGCAGCAGGUCUCAAUCUGUCCCACCUCUUCACCUCUUGAUAGAGAAGACUUUGUUCUUGAUGUGUCCAGCAAACCAGGAAGUGAGUUUUUAAAGGAAGAUGUCAGGCAAGCUGUUACCCUUUGGCUGGUCUUGGAAGGAAGAGAUUUUAAAACCAAAUCCAAGGAAGAAAAGAACAGCAACACCUGGAAGUUGACACAGGAUGAGCAAAGUUGCUCCCUGAGCUGGAAUUCUGAGAUCCAUAUUUAACUUUUUUUUGGCAGCACUGGAGGUUGAACCCAGCCUCUUGCUUGCUUGCUAGGCAGGCGCUUUACCACUUGAGUCACUCCACCAGCCCUUAACUGUUCUUCACCCACAUUGGGCUACCAUGGUCACCUCAUACUCUUCUGUUCCCUUGGUAAACUUGGAAACUGGAAAAAGUAGGUGACUUGGCAGGAGGCUCUGUGUUCCUCUGGCUUCUCUAUUCUCUAGGACACUAAGUGCCAUUGCCUGAAAGAAAAAAGCUGCAUGUUGGGAGCUGCAGAGCAGGUGUUCAUAAGAAAAUUGGAUUCCCCAACUCUGGACCAAAUGGGAGUUUCUUGGGUUUAUAGUAACAUUAAACUUCCAGUUAAAAGCAGGAAGACUGACUUGUGUGGACCCCCAGAGUUGUGAUUGCUCUUGGAGAUUUUGUGGCCUGUUCAGUUGAAAUACAGUCCCAGGGUCCUGUAUGACAGAUAGCUCUCACUGCCACUGGAGCAGUCAUCACUCCUCAGUCACCAUCACUAUCCAAAGCAAACGCCAUCAACUGCCUUGUACCCAGGGACAAGUGCCCUUGAUUCUCGGAGGCUGCAUGGCUGUGGCUCUGUUCUGCAUGGAGGCGCUGGGAAAUGGACAACUUGGAACAGUGACCUGACUGCUGUCAUUGUAUAGAAACUGCAUAACUCUCAGUGUGUAUUUAUAAAUUUCUAUUUUUUAUAAUUUUGGGGGACUUCUUGGAGGGAAAAAGUAGCAAACAGACUUAGUUAAAAGUGUGAUUUAUGAAAGGCCCAUAAUAAAAAUUCAUAAUAAAAACUUUGUAAGCUUUGAACUUAAUUUGUGUUAAAAAAAAUUACAGCAAUACAUAAGACCACCUGCAGAUAAACAGAUUUAGUCUUUCUGUUGAACUAAGUUCCUAGGAACUUUUAUAUUAGAAAUUAUUAAACACAAAAUUAGGACGUAUGUGAACCCUCUACAUCCCUCACUCAGCUUCAACACAUACCAUUUUGUUAGUUCUAUUUCAGCUUCUCCCCCUUUAUUUCUUCUUCCUUGGAGUAGUUUUCUUCUCCCUUUUUUUUUUUUCUUUAUAUUUUUCUUUU